GAACAUCUCAUUCUACUACCAGCCUCACACAGAGAACGUGCUUUGAUUGUGUCCAGCACUCCGGCGUGCCCGCUGCACCUGAUCUGCUGACCUGGUCAUGUUCUGCGGUAUUCUGCACUGAUGAGAUGCUGCCGCCUUCCACAACCAGCACCAGGUGGAAUAGAAACUUUCAUGGAAAUGAUAGGACAUUUUAUUUAGUGUCAAACCGUACAGUUUAAAGUACAGUUCUUUUCCCGUGCAUCCUUUCUUCGAGUGGAUGUAAACUGUGGCUUGAGUGGACCAAACUACACUAAAUGCAUCAGUACAAUAGCUGCCAAUUGAAGAAGUCCAAAGUAAGUUUGCGGAUGGAUGAAGAGGGAUUAGCAAAGUGAAGAAGUGUUAUGGCUGCUUUUUUACGAGCGUGUCCUGUUACGUGUUAGAAGGAUACAAACUGCUGCUACCACGAUGUCUGUGGCAACAACUGUUCUAUACACAAACAGCUCCAGGUUUACUACAGAGGUGCCAAAACCACAGUCUACUCCAAACGUGUUUCUGUUUUGUCUCACGCUGACUCUGACACUUAUUGUCCUUGCAGGCAGUAUUUACUCAUUGGUGUCCUUGUUGAAGAUAAAGAGCAAGUCUACCCUGUCUGUGCUAGUGACCUCCUUGUCUGUGGAUGAUUUCCUGAGCGUGGUACCCGUCUCUAUCUUCAUGCUGAAACAAUGGACGAACAAUCCUCUAUCCCAGCCCCUGUGCACUGCCGCUGCCUUCAUCUACCUGUUUCAGGGGGUAUCCAGUAACUUAAAGGCAUCUGUCAUUAUUUCCUAUAACUUCUGUACAUCUGCCAAACUGGGAGAAUACAAAACAGAAAAAAACCCUUUGAAAAUGUUAUGGGCGAUUCUAAGCACAUGGCUUGUUAGUUUGUUAAUAAGCGUGCUGCCUUUUUGUGGUUGGGGGGCAUUUGAUGCCACCUCAUGGGGAUGCCUUAUAGACUGUGGUAGCUCUUAUGCGCUGUUUUUAUUUGCUUUGUACUCUAUCUGCUUCUGUGUUCUCACAGUCUUCUCUGUUCCUUUAACUCACCAGUUGCUUUGUUCGGACAGCCAGGAACAGCUACUUUAUUUGAACUAUAAAGAUAUUGCUAAAGGUUAUCUAACCCCCAGUACACCACUGGGCAGCAACGACUCCUCUGUGUCUCCUGAUAAUCCUGCCAGCAAAACCUUGAAGAAUUUCAAUGAGAAUUGUGUGAGCUCAGAGGCUGUGUGCAAGAGGAGCCUGGGUGAUGAUCAGCACGGUAUACACAGCCUGAGAGGGUGCAGGAGCAUGACAGUAUUGUAUGCUCAGAAGCGAUUCUCCCUCAUUCUUGCUUUGACUAAAGUAUUUCUGUGGCUUCCAAUCAUGAUACAGAUGGCUGUCCAGCACAUUGUUGGCUUUCAAAGUCAUUCUUUUGAGACAUUAGGUUUUCUUCUGACUUUGCUAGCUGCCACCACCACUCCGCUGUUUGUUCUGUCCGAGCACUGGAGUCACCUCCCAUGUGGCUGCAUCAUUAACUGCAAGAGGAGUGCAUGCUCAAUGUCAUCGGAAGAUUGCCAAGUUAAGAGAAGAGGAUUUGAUUUCAAUUUAUCAUUUAAUAAAAGCUAUGGGAUUUACAAGAUAUCCCAGGAUAAUCAUGAGACUGCAGAAAACUCCAUAUCCUACCAUAAUUUAAUCAACUAUGAAUGUGACAACACAAAUGACGCCUGUUGUGACAGAAUCCUCAAUUCGGCUGUGCUGGAUUUCAGCACUAUAGGUAUGCAGGACAGCUCCAUGCUGAAAAACCCCAGUAUGCUUAGAAACCUCAACCCAGAAACGAAACCUGACCAAGGAAAAGACAAGGCCAUUGACCGUCUGCUUUCUGAGAAAAUUGGUGUCUUCAAAAGAGAGGAUAUUAGAAAUUUUGAUAAGGCUGUGUUCUAUGAAGGCCAAGAUAGGAGGCUAUCACAUGAAGAAAGCCACAAGCCAGAACUCACAGACUGGGAGUGGUGCAGAAGCAAAUCCGAAAGGACACCUCGACAGCGAUCUGGAGGAGCAUUAGCAAUACCAUUAUGUGCUUUCCAAGGGACAGUAUCACUUCAUGCACCUACUGGUAAAACCCUCUCUUUAUCUACCUAUGAAGUAAGCAGUGAAGGUCAAAAGAUUACUCCUACUUCAAAGAAGAUAGAAGUUUACCGUUCAAAAAGUGUAGGCCAUGAGCCAAGUAAGGAAGACUCUCCCACCCAAUUUCCAGGCACAAAUGUGAAGAUCCACCUAGAGGUUCUUGAGAUAUGCGACAAUGAAGAAGCCAUGGACACUGUAUCAAUUAUAAGCAAUAUAAGCCAAUCCUCAAAUCAAGCUCGUUCGCCUUCUCUGCGCUACUCCCGCAAGGAAAACCGCUUUGUGUCUUGCGACCUGGGAGAAUCUGCUUCCUACUCCCUCUUUAUUCCAACUAAUAAUCCAGACAGUGAUAUAAAUAUCUCUAUUCCAGACACAGUGGAGGCCCACCGACAAAACAGUAGGCGGCAGCAUGCGGAGAGAGAAAGCUAUCAAGAGGAGAUACAGCUGCUGAACAUUCUUCCGGUGCGCCACUUGCCGCGUUUUCCUGUGCGUCACUUCCGGUGGCCCAUUUGCCGCAUUUUUCUGUGCGUUCUGCGCAUUCACCUAAGAGUUCUACGAACAGCACGGAAACCUGGAUUUGGCGCAGGAGAACUUCACCUUGAAAGUAAGUCAUGUCAGGACAGCCAAUCAAGGGGACCAAAGAUGGCAAACUCAGAAGAGGACUGGGAUAAAAUGUUGGUGUCGGUGAGGGAGCUCAUGCAUGUUGCAAUGCUUGAAGGUAAACAAUAUGACUUGGACCCUGUUUGA